AUGCUGUUCAAGCAUUGGAAAGCUGCCGCAUUCGUGGUCAUCUCGGUCGCCUCACAGGUUGACGCUAGGUUGGGGCCGGUAGCCGACAGGAGCAAUGAUGGAACCGCCGAUAAAGCGCCCAACAAAGAUCAAUUUAUUGACUCUUUGAUCUCAAAGAUGUCUGUGAGCGACUUGGUCUUGCAACUGCAUCUCAUGUUUGCCGAUGACAUUGUCGGAAGAGAUUCGCAUAAUGAAAUUUACGACCAAACGAUGCACCUCAGCCCAAAAUCUCCAGUUGGAGUAAUACAUGACUGGUACCCUAUGAACAAAUCUUACUUCAACGGUGUUCAAAAACUUCAAUUGGAAAAGUCGCAUAUCCAGAUUCCGAUGAUGCUCGUCGAAGAAUGUCUCCAUGGCAUAGGCAGCUUCAAGCAAUCCCUGUUCCCGCAGAAUAUUGCGAUGGCUGCUUCGUUUGACACAGAUAUCGUCUAUCGCGUUGGAAGAGCUAUAGGAACUGAAGCAAGAUCUAUUGGAGUACACGGCUGCUUUUCACCAGUUCUUGACCUUGCCCAAGAGCCUCGAUGGGGGAGAGUCCAAGAAACCUUUGGCGAAGAUAAAGUUCUUACAUCACAAAUUGGCGUUGCUUACUCUUCUGGUUUAUCCAAGAAUAAAUCUUUCUCUGAUCCAGACGCCGUAUUCCCAAUAAUGAAGCACUUUUUCGCCCAUGGGGGAGCACAAAGUGGUCAUAAUACUGCUCCUUUCACGGGCCUUGGAACUCGGCAAAUUAUGCAAGACCUUCUCAUCCCAUUCAGAGCCAAUUACGAGCUUGGGGGGGCCAGAGGAGUCAUGAUAGGAUAUAACGAGGUUGACGGAAUUCCCAACGCUGUUAAUCCGAUGCUGUAUCAAGCUCUCAAAGAUUGGGAUUUCGACGGCUUUACGCUUUCAGACGAUACCUGCAUGCGUAAUUUGUUAACACAGCACAAAGUGGCAAGCUCGCAAGCAGACGCUAUGCAACAAUGGUUCAACGCUGGCGGCAUGAUUGACUAUUAUGACUGGGAUCUGGAUUCCUAUAUAACUACUACGCAAGACCUGGUAGCCAAUGGAUCGGUUCCUCUGAAGACUCUUCAAUCGCAUGUUCGACAAAUUUUGGGCGUUAAAUGGGAUCUGGGUCUUUUUACCAAUCCUUACAUUCCUGACCAUAUUGAUCCUCUUGCAAUUGUUGCCAGUCACCAAAAGAUUGCGUUGGAAGCUGCACACAAGAGCAUUAUACUGCUCAAGAAUGAUAAUAACACCCUUCCGCUGGAUCCAUCGGCUAAGGUCGCACUGAUUGGGCCAUUUGCGGAUACUAUCAAUUUUGGAGAUUACUCCGGUGCUCUGGGGCAGUACCCUGCUAAUUAUGCGCAUACUCUGCGUCAAGGCAUGCUGAGCCAUUUGAAGAACAGCAGCUCGGGCGGCCGACUUACAUCAAGCUGGGGUGCCAAUAGCUGGGAAUACAACAACCAGUAUGUGAUUCCCGGAUAUUUGCUAUCAGCUUCAAAUGGGACAAAUGGAGGUUUGCAGGCUACUUAUUAUGCCGGGACCAAUUUUACUUCCCCAAAAGCAUCGAGGCUAGAGGUUCCCGCCCAGGACUGGGGUUUAUACCCCCCGCCAGGUCUUUCUUCAAAUAACUUCAGUGCUACCUGGGAGGGCCAACUUGAGUCUCCGACUGAUAUAGACGUGAAUGGAUGGAUUGGUGUUGCAAUUGGGCCGAAUAGUACAUCAAAGCUCUAUGUUGAUGGUAAGCUGAUCGCAUCCAAGGGGUACGGGCCCGACGGCAACGUUCUGGGAAACAUUGAAGGCUAUGGAUGGAUACAGCAAAAUCAUUCUAUACCACCCCAGGAUGGCGUGGAUUUUACGUUUAAAAAGGGUGCUAAAUACCAAAUUCGCAUCGAGUUUCAGUCAUGGAACAACUUCAAAAAAUCUGCCAAUGUCAACUCCGUCAACUCACAGCUUAUCUUUUGGUGGAAUCUGGUGUCUCCAAAUGAUGCGGUUGAUCAAGCAGUGUCCAUUGCACAAGAUAGCGACGUUAUUAUCCUCGCAGUCGGGGCCUCAUGGUCAUCAGACGGUGAAGGGGGAGACCGCGGAUCGCUAGAUCUCGCGCCAAGUCAAGAUGCAUUGGCUAAGAAGAUCUUUGCCCUCGGCAAGCCGGUCGUGCUCGUCCUUGAGGGAGGAAGACCAUUUGCUAUACCAAAUCAUUAUCAACAAUCCGCUGCAGUUUUGGAUACGCAUUUUGGAGGGCAAGCUGGGGGGCAGGCAAUUGCAGAUGUCAUCUUUGGCGCGUUCAACCCAGGUGGACGCGUGCCAAUCACGAUCCCGUACUCGGUGGGCCAGCUUCCAGCAUAUUAUAAUUACAAGCCCUCCGCACACGCUGCUGCAUAUCUUGACAUACCGUCUGAUCCAUUAUAUCCAUUUGGUUUCGGCCUGUCGUAUACCACCUUUUCGACUUCUUCUCCAACGGCAUCGAUAAGAAGCUCCAGCCCAAAAAGAUCCAGUAUCGAUACACGGGAUAGUAGCCAGACUUUUGGUACUGGUGACUGGAUUGACUUUUCCGUAACUGUCCAGAAUAAUGGCACUGUUUCUGGCAGCUACGUUGUCCAGAUCUAUUUGUUAGGCCGUGUAUCCACCAUUACACAGCCUGUCAAGCAGCUCGUCGCCUUCCAACGAGUUUAUCUAGAUGCCGGUGAGAAACAGACUGUCUCACUUGAGCUGGAAGUGGAUCGAUAUUUGAUGAUUCUUAAUCGGACAAACAAAUGGGAAUUGGAGAAGGGGGCUUACACUUUUGCUCUCUCAGAGAAUGGAGGCAGCAACACCGACACUAGUAGAAGCGUCACGCUGCAAUGCGUUGGCUGA